AUGAUGGGAUCGGUGCGAUGUCCCGCGACGUGUGCUGCGGCGGGGGUGCGCAUGCAGGCUGGCGCGGAUGCCGACCCCGGGGUGUCCAGAGUGGGAGGGCGGACCAAAUACAGCGUGAGGGUGUGCAUCAACAAGACUUGCAAGGGGCAGGGAUCUCCUGGGGUUCUACAGUUUGCACAGGAUCUAUGCCACCCUGACCUGGAUGUGAAUAGUUGCGGCUGCUUGGGUAAUUGUGGAAAUGGCCCGAAUAUGGUCAUAUUGCCUGCUGAGCGAGAGGUGUCUCAUGUGGGCACACCAGCACGCAUGGCUGAGGUCCUCAACAUGGAAUGUGGCAUCCAAGUGUCUUCAGAUCUGGUGGAAGCAACCCAGUGCCGGCAGUCUGGCAAUGUGCUUGCUCGAUCUGGGAAGCUCAAAGAGGCGAUGGACAAAUACAGUGAGGGCAUUGCGCUUGGCGUUUCUUCAACUCUUCACCUGCUGUAUUCGAACCGGUCCGGUGUGAGGCUCACCCUCGGGGAUCAUGAAGGUGCUCAGGCAGACGCCCUGCUUGCCGUGGAGCAUGCCCCUGUCGGUUUCACAACAGCACACAUACGGCUGAUCGAUGCAUACUACAUCCAAGGCCAGUAUGAACAGUCGGCACAGGUGCUGCAAAAUCUUGUAGAUACCAACCCCGAGUUUCGGGCAACCAAGGAGUUUAGUUUGAUUUCGAAACAGCUGGAGAAGGAUCUCAAAGUGGUGGCACGUUGA